GGGGGUGACGUCAUGCGGACAUAUUCCCCGGUAGUGCCGCGUCUGGCUGCGGCUAGUCAGACGGCAAACAGAAAAGAGCUGAGUGAGUGAGCCAGCGAGUGCACGAGCUGCAAGGGAGGGGUACGCGCACGAAGGGGAAUAUUAUCGCCACCGCCGGCAUUCCAAUAACUCUCCGGGAAUAACGCGUCCGUCCGGACGACGCGCUUCGGGAUUUUGCACUGAUUUCUUUUUUAUUACUGUCUGGCCGCGGAAACGGACAAAGCGCUGAUUUCGCACCGGGUGGGACUUUCAAACGGACCCUUCCCGGCUCAAUCCCACCCUCCUUCCGUAAGUGUUCCCCUCUUUGUUUCGAGACCCAUCCAAGAUGCCCAGUUCGCUGUUCGCCGACAUGGAGCGGAACGGCAGCGGCGGGCAGGGGGACGCCCUGGACGACCAAAGAGCCCUGCAGAUCGCGCUGGACCAGCUCUCUUUCCUCGGCGGUCUGGAUAACGAUGAAAAUUCCCUGUACGACAACGAGCCCAGGAAAAAGAGCGUGAACAUGACCGAAUGCGUCCCCGUUCCCAGUUCGGAGCAUGUUGCCGAGAUCGUCGGGAGGCAAGGUUGCAAAAUUAAAGCCCUGAGAGCAAAGACCAAUACGUAUAUCAAAACACCAGUGCGGGGAGAGGAGCCAGUCUUUGUUGUAACGGGCAGGCGGGAGGACGUAGCCAUGGCUAGGAGGGAAAUCAUCUCCGCUGCCGAGCACUUCUCCAUGAUUAGAGCCUCACGGAACAAAAACAGCAGCCCGAACGGGACCGCAGCGGUGCCGGGUCCGCCCAAUCUGCCCGGUCAGACCACCAUUCAGGUGCGGGUGCCCUACCGGGUGGUGGGUCUGGUAGUCGGACCCAAGGGAGCUACCAUCAAGCGCAUUCAGCAGCAGACGCAUACCUACAUAGUCACGCCCAGCCGGGACAAAGAGCCCGUUUUCGAAGUAACUGGCAUGCCUGAGAACGUGGACCGGGCCAGGGAGGAAAUCGAAGCACACAUCGCCAUGCGCACGGGUGGCCUCAUUGAAUUCACAGACGAGAACGAUUUCCACGCCAACGGCACAGAUGUAGGUUUCGACCUGCAUGGGAACGCCAGUCUGUGGAGCAAGCCCAACUCCAGCGCCACGCCCACCUCCGGUCGCAAGCCUUUCUCCAACUACCGCAACGACAGCUCCAGUUCUCUGGGGAGUGCCUCUACCGAUUCCUACUUUGGCGGGAACAACAGCAGCUCCCGGAUGGCCGAUUACAGCCCGCCCAGCCCCGCCCUCAGCUACACUGCCUCCAGCAAUGGCAACAACAAUAACAACAACAUCAACAUUAACGGCAACGCCAAUGGAUUUGUCUACAGCGGCGAUGUGAUCUCGCCCGAUUGCACUGAGCUGACCUUCGAGACCUCGCCGGGAUUUGACCCCACUCCUGCGCCUCCAGGCCUGUUGUGGUCGCAGUACGAACGCGGUAUAACUACCGCCAACGGCACCGCCAACUCGUCGGCCAUUUUCUCUGCCAAUGCUUCCACGAAUGCCAAUGGGUUGUUAGCCAGCCAGCGGAGAGCCAACGGGGUGGGAUGCACCAGUCAACCCAGGUUGUCCCCGCCCUUGCACCAAACCAACGGUGUUGUGGAUCACCCACUGGCGCGCCGGGUGCGCAGCGACCCGGGCGGGGGCACCCUCAGCUUCCCCAGCUACUCCCCCAACGGGCUGUCCAACGGCAUAGCAGCCCUCACAGGAUCCCAUCACUCCAGCGUGCCCUCUGACUCGUCCAUCUCUUCGUCCUCUUCUUCCUCCUCUUCCUCCUCGUCCGGGACAAGCCGCAAGGGCAGCCGGGACUGCUCGGUGUGCUUCGAAAGCGAGGUGAUCGCGGCCCUGGUGCCCUGCGGCCACAACCUCUUCUGCAUGGAGUGUGCCAACCGCAUCUGCGAGAGAAACGAGCCCAAAUGCCCCGUCUGCCACGCUGCAGUUACUCAGGCUAUACGUAUAUUUUCGUAAACUGCAAGGACACGCCCCCUCGACUACAACGGCUCUCGCGGCUUUAUGAAAUCCUAAUAACGUGUGUUAUUAUACGUGUAUAUACAUAUGUAUGUAGAGCUGCAGUAUCCAAAAAGGGACAGCCAUUCCAGGGCUCCGGUGUAAUUGUUUAUAAUGUACUGUAGCUCGGGACAACAAAUAUUUUCAACAUCUAAUGCAUGUUUAAAAUAUUAAAGCCUAGUAAUCAAUAGUUUUAGUAAACUGUACGCAAACGUUAAUGAAGUUACGUUAAGGACAGCAGCGGUACCAUAGUCAGUUUGUCGACUGUUAGCAAAAACGAGCCUUUCGAUGGCUCUGAUGGAAUGUAUUAAGGGUUCUGAAAUCUCUUCUGGCAGAAACAAAGACUUAGUGACGCGGUGACGAUACUGCAGCUUACGAUCAAACUUACGCGAGGGAGAGAACGGCAACAUAUCCUACAUAUAUAUGUAUAGAUAAACAAGAAAUUCCACAAGUUUUAAAUAUUCAUGAUGACAUUACUACAGAUUGAAGUAUUUUAUUCUUUUUUGACUUGAAAGAUUAUAUUUCGUAUUGCAAAGAUGUUUACAAAUAUUUUAAUUUAAGUUCAGUGAACUUUUUUGUAGCUGGGUUCAAAUAUCUUUUAAUUUUUUAGUGUGGCCUUAACGGCAACGAACACUGUAUUAUUUUAAUAUCACUCUCGAAACGUGGAUGGCAAUUCAGACCACAAAAUGUGUAUUCGCAUUGAACAGUAUUCUGUUGGGAUAUGGAGGGUUUCUAGGUUCAGCAGCAAAAAACUAAAACAAAAUGUCUUUUGGAUCUGUUUCACCCAGCAUAUUUUCUAUUCAGUAAUAUAAAGCAUAUUUUAUUCUAUAUUAUUACGAAAUGUCGAAACUUAGUACGUUCGGACAAAAGGAACCGUUUAAGCUUUCUAAAAAUUUGUAUGAAUUAGAUUCCAGUGGGUAUCACAGAGUUCUGUUGCGCCACUAUACGUUUAGGAUUUCUAUUUUAAUACGUUUGUUUACCACUUGUUUAUGUAUAUGUAGGUGAAGUUACUUGAGCGUAUAUGUACUUUAUUGAGCAAAGUUUAAAAACAAAGUAUAUUUUAUUUUAUGAUAAAAGGCCUUUAACCUCAUGGUCAAAUACUAAUAUUAUAUUUGCUGAAACAAGAUUUGAAAAAUGUAUCAAGAGUUUUAUUUUUCUGACAUUUAAAGUUCUACAUGAUAAAGUAAAACUUAAGUAAUGGUGCUACUUCAUGUUUUUUUAAGUAUUUCUAUAUAAGUACAAUAAAAUGGUA